AUGGAGCGUCAAGUCAGUCACGCGUCGAGCACGGAAGAAGACUAUCAGGAGAUCUACGAAGCAGCAGUUCAUGACCAGCUCCGAGAUGGACUUCGUGCGCUUGCUGAGAGGAAGAAGCCAAGCCGCCACCACCAAAAACACUUACAUAUCGAGGAUCAGGAUCCCGAACUAACGAGAAUCGCAACGACAAUAUCCAAGGAUAUUGGGAUCACACCUAAAACUCUUGCUGACGUUGACCCUCGGCUGGAUCCCGAAAAUGAGGAAUUCGACUUUCGGUUCUGGGCUUCGACCAUCAUCCAAUUGGUCAGAGAAGAUGGCAUCAAGCGAGCCAAUGUGGGCGUUUGCUUCAAGUCCCUGACAGUCUGUGGCACAGGCUCGAGUCUCGCUCUACAACCUACUGUCGCGAGCCCAUGGCUUGCCCUUGCUCGGCUGCCCAUGUUCAUGUCCAGACGCAAGCGAGAACCCAAGGUGAUCCUGAACACCUUCAACGGCUGCGUGAAAAGUGGCGAAAUGCUGCUCGUGUUGGGCAGACCUGGCAGUGGUUGUACAACCUUUCUGACAUCCAUCUCUGGCCAGUUAGGUGGCUUGACAAGAACAUCAGAGUCGGUCGUCAACUACGAUGGAAUACCACAAGAUCUUUUUAUCAAGAAUUUCAGGGGGAAGGCUGUUUACAAUCAAGAGAACGACGAACAUUUCCCGCACUUGACGGUCGGACAGACACUGCGCUUCGCCGCUUGCGCGCAGACUCCGGAAGCUCGGAUUCGAGGCAUUGACCGAGAAAUGCAAGCCCGUCACAUGGUGGAAGUCAUGCUACGGAUCUUCGGACUCUCCGCUGUCCGGGAUACGAAGGUCGGGAGCGACACCGUUCGUGGUGUUAGUGGUGGUGAAAGAAAGCGCGUUAGCAUUGCAGAAAUGGCUCUGGCGCGGUCGCUACUGGCUGUUUGGGACAACGCAACCCGUGGCCUCGACUCAGCAACGGCAUUGGAGUUUGUACGCGCUCUACGUACUUUAGCUGAUGUUGCUGGAGUCACUCAAGCCGUCGCUCUAUAUCAGGCUAGCCAGAGCAUCUAUGAUAUCUUCGACAAAGUGCUGGUAUUGUACGAAGGGCGACAAAUAUUCUUUGGCCAGAUCGAUUUGGCCCGAUCGUACUUCGAGAGAAUGGGAUGGUACUGUUCUCCACGACAGACCACUCCUGAUUUCCUGACCUCGAUCACCAAUCCCUCAGAGCGGCAACUCCGUCAUGAGAGCACAGACAGAAUUCCUCAGACUGCCAUCGAAUUCGAACAAUACUGGCUGAAAUCAGAAGAGUAUCAAGCCUGCAUGGCAGAGGUCGCUCGGUACGAAGAGGAUGCAAAAGACAAUGGUCGCCUCCAGGCGCUGCAGGCCGCACAUCACGCUGCACAGGCACAUCACACUCGAGACAGGUCUCCUUUUCUGAUUUCCGUAUGGAUGCAGAUCCGGCUAUGUAUGAAGAGAUCUUGUCAGCUUUUGUCGAACGACAGAACGUCCACGAUAACGCUUGCGAUGGGACGAAUAAUACUUGCUCUGAUUAUUGGCAGUAUCUAUUUUGAUCCGCCUGACACCACGGCAAGCCUUCAAUCCAGAGGAUCGGUGAUCUUUCUCGCCACCUUGAUGAAUGCCCUGAUGGCCGUUACUGAGAUUAGCUCACUGUUUGGCAAAAGAGGCGUUGUUCAGAAGCAGAACACCUUCGCAUUCUACCACCCAUUCGCAGACGCUCUUGGAUCAUUCAUUGUCGACAUUCCUGUCAAAUUUGUCAUUUCAACCUUGUUCAACGUGGUUUACUAUUUUAUGUCUGGACUGAGAGCCGAUGCUUCGAGCUUCUUCACCUUCCUGCUAUUCAAUUUCGUCAGCACUCUGGUCAUGUCAACUAUAUUUCGAAGCAUUGGCGCCGCCUCGAAACAGCUUCCCCAAGCGUAUGCUAUUGCCGGCAUUGGUGUCCUCAUGAUGGUCAUAUACACCGGCUUUACGCUUCAAACUGCUUACAUGCAUCCUUGGUUUCGCUGGAUCAACUACAUUAACCCUAUCGCCUACAUCUUUGAGGCUCUUCUUGUCAAUGAAGUCCAUAAUCGAGACUUCCCUUGCGCUCCACAAAGCCUUGUACCCCCCUAUGCACAAGGAAACACCACUUUUGCUUGCGCCGUUAUUGGAGCCAAACCGGGCCAGAGUAUUGUUUCCGGGGAUUCGUGGGUACAGUCCGGCUACCACUACAGUUAUUCCCAUCUCUGGCGAAAUCUUGGAAUUGCAUUCGCCUACAUGGCCUUCUUUCUGGCUUUCUAUCUCGUUGCCACUGAGGUCAGGUCAACCGCAAAUGCACAACCACAACGACUCGUGUUUCGCGACUACAAAGCCGCACAGAAUCUGAAUCCAAGUGAAGGAGACAUUGAGGCGAAAGCGGCCAGCGACCAAGAAGCCCCAUCCCCACAAGCUUCUGGCAUAGGGGAUGUUGUGAGCAGCUCGGCAGGAAAGUCUCAGAGCAUCGGCGAGCAAUUGAACGAGAAAGGACGCGGAAAAAUGGGCACCCUUGCUUGGGAAGACUUAACGUUGGACAUUGCAGUCCAAGGCAAGAGUAAGCGCCUUUUGGACAACGUUAACGGCUGGGUUAAACCUGGGACACUCACUUGCUUGAUGGGAGUCUCGGGCGCUGGAAAGACAACUCUGCUCGACGCACUCGCACAGCGUCACAACACCGUUGGAGAAGUUUCCGGCAAGAUCAUGGUAGACGGCAUGCCAUUGAAGCCAUCGUUCCAGCGGAAGACCGGAUACGUUCAACAGCAAGAUCUACAUUUACCAACCAGCACAGUCCGUGAAGCCUUACGUUUCUCGGCUCUUCUGCGCCAACCUGCCUCAGUGCCGAAAGAAGAGAAAUUUGAAUAUGUGGAGAGAGUCAUCGAAGUGCUCAAAAUGCAACAUUUCAGCGACGCAGUGGUUGGUCAGCCGGGUGAGGGCCUGAAUAUCGAGCAGAGGAAGCUCUUGACAAUUGGAGUAGAGCUUGCCGCCAAACCGUCCAUCCUCUUCCUGGAUGAACCCACCUCAGGCCUCGACUCGCAGAGUGCGUGGACGAUCGUGUCACUAUUGAGAAGACUGGCGGACCACGGCCAAGCCAUCCUCGCUACCAUCCACCAACCUUCGGCUAUGCUUUUCCAGCAAUUUGAUGCCAUCCUCCUGCUCGCGAGAGGUGGCCGCACCACCUAUUUCGGACCGAUUGGUGCAGAUUGCCAGACACUGACUCGUUACUUUGAGGGACAUGGCGCGAGAGCCUGUGGUGCAGAAGAAAACCCUGCUGAGUAUAUCCUGGAUGUCAUUGGCGAUACUUCCCACAACUGGUCCGGGCUUUGGAAGGAGAGCUCUGAGUUCACCAACGUCAAGGCCAGCGUCUGCAGGAUGCCGCCAGAAUCCUCUCGGGAGGAACGUGAUGCCGACGACCGCCGACAAUUCGCAGUAUCUUUUGCGACCCAGUUCCAAUGUGUCAUCCAACGACUCUUUCAGAACUACUGGCGCAAUCCAGGUUACAUCUACGCCAAACUGCAGUUUGCCCUUCUAUCCUCACUCUUCAUCGGAUUCACCUUUUAUCUACAGAAUGCUUCUGCGACCGGGAUGCAAAACGUCGUCUUUGCGAUCUACAUGCUGAACGCAACAUUCUCAACCGUGGCCAACCAGAUCAUGUCCAGAUUCCUCCCACAAAGGGCUUUGUUCGAAGUCCGCGAAUCUCCCUCCAAGAUGUACAGCUGGCCCGUCUUCCUGCUGGCGAACAUCCUUGUGGAAAUCCCUUAUCAAAUCUGCCUCUCUGUCGUUGUAUGGGCCUGCUGGUACUUCCCAGUCUUCGGACUUGACCAUGACUCGGCAGCUCGGGCUCUCAUGUGGGCAUUCUGUCUUCAAUUCCUGCUCUUUGGGUCGACCUUUGCGCAGAUGCUCAUCUUCACCAUGCCCAGCACCGAGACGGCGGGCGCUCUGUCGACCAUCCUAUUCACGCUGACCCUGCAAUUCAACGGUGUGCUGCAGCCGCCCUCUGCGCUCCCUGGAUUCUGGAUCUUCAUGUAUCGCGUCAGUCCCUUCACCUAUCUGAUCGGCGGAUGGGCUGGAACGGGUUUGGCGAACAGAGCGGUCGUCUGCGCAAAGAAUGAACUGGCAGUUUUCGAUCCCCCAACCGGGCAGACGUGUGGCCAGUAUCUCUCGGCCUACCUGGACGAUGGCGCUCCGGGAUCUCUACUCAAUCCGUCCGCCACUGCCAGCUGCGAGUACUGUCCGAUCAGGAACGCUAACCAAUUCCUUGCGCAGUCGUGGAUUCACCCCUCCGACCAAUAUCGGAAUCUGGGUAUUUUGUUUGCGUACAUUGCUUUCAACGUCUUUGCCGCCAUCUCGCUGUACUACAUCUUCAGGGUUAAGGGUUUCUCGGUUAAAGGCCUACGGAAGCCAAAGUCAAAGCCUCAUGUGGACGAGGAGAAAGAGCAUGAAGAAAAGCAACAUCAGAAAAAAGGCUUCUAUCUGGGGUUUUACUACCAUUUGGCGUUGGCUAUUCUGAGGAACCUCGUUCGGUAG